AUGGCAUCCACCAAGUGUCCGUUCUUCUCUGGUAUCAAUCAACGAGAUUCGUACGAACGCUGUAGCGGUGAGGUGGAAGAAUACGCAGAGGACCACGUGAAUGCGGAAGACAUGUCCGAAAGCUUGAUGAAGCUGCAGAGCGCCUUUCACGAUGAAAACAACUGCAUCAUUUCUGCUAAAUUCAGCGCGCCAGAGGUAGUGACGCAAAUGAAGAGCGGUGGCGUUGGGUUACCGACGACGUUCGACGUCGACUCUGGUACUCUGGGCUCGCGACCUGCCGGCGAAAGGUUGAAUCCCUCAAACCAUGCGCCAUCACCAAGCUGCGACUGCGAGCUUCUGUAG